AUGGGACGAUUCUCUCAUACACACACACCAAAUCAAAUUUUGAUAAAUGCAUCGUUUGCUGAUAAUUAUCAGCUGAUAACACCAUUUGUUCCUUCAACAGCUGAUCUCGCUCGACUCAAUACUAAAUGGCAAGAACAACUGAAAGCUGAAAGAGAGCGAGUUAGACGAAAUUUAAUCACUGGCAAACAUUAUAAAAUAGGCGACGAGUCAAAUAUGAACGAUAUAGAAGAUACAGUUGUAGCACUGAUAAAUUCAACUAAUUCAAAUAUGAAUAUGUCCGAUAAGCAUAACUCAAUUCUUCCGGUUGCUUCAGUAACAAGUACAACUUAUUGUAAUCAAAAGAGCGUCGCUGAUCAAUACACACUAAACAGAGAACAAAAAGCUGCAUUUAUGAUAAUAACAAGUCAUCUUGAUGGCGACAAACCGUCACACGCAGGAGAUAACAAUGGGCAACUUAUCAUGUGUAUACCCGGGUGUGGUGGUACAGGAAAAUCACAACUUAUUCGUGCUGUGACUGAAUAUUUUCGUCUUACAAACAGAAUACAAAAGAUGCGAAAGCUAGCACCUACUGGCAUUGCGGCCGCUGAAAUUGGUGGCAUGACUAUCCAUUCAUUUUUAGGCGAACAACGCAAUUCAGGAAAGCCACGAACUAUUAAACCAGGCGAUUUAAAACUGGAACAAGAAUGUAUACUUGUAGAGUAUCUCUUGAUUGAUGAAAUGAGUAUGGUUGGUUUGCCUUUACUCGGUAAACUCAAUCGAAUUCUUUGUGCCGCUAAACAUGCCGAUCCGCAAAUUCCAUUCGGUGGUAUAAACGUAAUAUUCUUUGGUGAUUAUUUACAGUACCGGCCCGUAUACGAUGCUCCGUUACACACUGACUUUUCGCCGGAAAAUAAAAACAAAAUCCAACAACGUGUUGCACGUUCUUGA